AUGGUGAGACAGAGAGUGUUAGUGUCAUUUGGGGCUAGACAGUUUUCAAGAAUUGCACCUCCACAUCCUCAAGUCAUCAGAGUGACCAAGAAUGUAGCGAAACUGGGUUCUCCAAAAGAAGGGCCAAAACCUCGCCAGCUCCUUUCCUUGCCUCCAUUUCCUGGUUUUCCUUUGCCUGGAAAGAAGUCUGUUAAUACUUCUCAUGUCACUGCUAUCAGCUGGGUCAAGUAUUAUUUUGAUGAAAUCCCUGAUUCUGUCAUUCAGUCUCAUUUUAAUAAGUCCCUUGUUCAAAUAGAGUGCCCAAGUUCUAGUGAUUCUGUUGAAAAGGAAGGACUCGCAAAACCCAUGAGAAAGAUUAAGCCAAGUGAUGUCAUGGAAGUUGGGGCCAGGAUUCAUAUACCUGUAUCUGUUGCUGAGACUGCAAUUUCCAAGAGGUUUGACACCAUACCAAGUGGAACUCUAUACCCAAAUGCUGAUGAGAUAGAGUAUUUGCAAAGGCUUGUCAAGUACAAGGACUCUGCUCUACUCGUGCUAAAUAAGCCACCAAAGGUUCCAGUCAAGGGGAAUAUGCCGGUUCACAAUAGCAUGGAUGCAUUGGCAGCUGCAGCUUUGUCUUAUGGUCAUGAUGAGGGUCCUAAAUUGGUGCACCGACUAGACAGAGAGAGCAGUGGCCUCCUCUUAAUGGGUAGAACAAAAGAAAGUGUAGCUCAUCUCCAGUGGUUAUUUAGUUACAUAAAUAAAGCACAAUCCAAGUGCCAGGCGUGGAAUGAUGCAUGUGAAGCAACAUAUCAACGAUACUGGGCAUUGGUUAUAGGCUCUCCAAAGGACAAGGAAGGCUUAGUUUGUACACGUCUUUCUAAGGUGCUUCUUGAUGAUGGGAAGACAGAGAGAGUUGUUUUGGCCCAGCAUUCAAGUUUGGAACCAUCCCAAGAGGCUGUAACUGAAUAUCGAGUCUUAGGUCCUACAAUAAAUGGAUGCUCAUGGAUAGAAUUGCGUCCACUUACAAGUCGAAAGCAUCAGCUCCGCGUUCAUUGUGCGGAAGCUCUCGGAACUCCAAUUGUUGGUGACUAUAAAUAUGGGUGGUUUGUGCACCAGAGAUGGAAGCAAAUGCCCCAAGUUGAUAUUGAACAGUCUUCUGGGAAACCAUACAAGUUGCGGUGGCCAGAAGGCGUAGAUAUUCAGAAGGGAAGUGUCCUGUCAAAAGUCCCUUUACUGCAUCUCCAUUGUAGGGAGCUUGUGCUCCCAAACCUUGCAAAAUUCCUUAAUGUUUUGGAUGGGAAGUUAGAAAAUGUGCAUCCUGCACUUAGCACUAGGCCUGACCUUCUUCGGUUUGUGGCAUCGAUGCCUUCCCACAUGAAAAUUAGCUGGAAGCUCAUGUCCUCCUACUUGGUAUAA